AUGGCGUCUGUUAAGAAGCUCCUCAUAGACUCACUGUAUGAUUUGGAUAAAGCUCAGCUGAAAAGGUUUCGGUGUUUUCUGAGGGAUGAUUAUAAGUUUCCAGCUUCUGGACUGGAGGAAGCAGAUGUCUUAGAUACAGUAGAUAAGAUGGUGGAGCGUGAGAAACAUGAAGGAGCUGUGAACAUCACACUGGACAUCCUGAAGAAGAUAAAUCGGAACGACCUGAGUGAAGAACUAGAGAACAAACUCAAAUCCCAAGGCGUCUGUGCAGUUGACAGUAAAGCUGUUGAUGUGGAUUACGGUGAGUUCACCAACAUACUGAAGAAGUUAUUAAAACAGAAUUAUGAGAGAAUAUUGGACGGUAAUUCAGAUACCAGCCGUCAGAGAUACCUGGAAGAUAUUUACACAGAUCUCUACAUAAUGGAGAAUGAGACGGGUGGAGUAGUGAAUUUACAUGAAGUGAGACAGAUUAAAUCAAACAGAACUGCUGCUGAUGACACGUCAGUCAUGUGUAAUGACAUAUUUAAAGUCCAGCGUGAUACAGGUCGACAAAACAGAAAAGUGCUGACGCUGGGCAUCGCAGGUGUGGGCAAAACUGUCUCUGUCAGUAAAUUCAUCCUUGACUGGGCUGAAGGAAAAGAAAAUCAGGAAAUCGUCUUUAUUUUUCCUCUGGCUUUCCGUAAACUGAAUCUGAUUUCAGGAAACCGCAGUCUAUUGGAACUGAUAAAUGAAAACUUCUUUAGUUCUGAUAAACAACUGUCAUCACUGCCUAAAGAAGAAGGUAAAGUGAUGUUCAUCUUUGAUGGUCUGGACGAGUGUCGCUUCUCUUUGAGCUUUAAGAACAGUGAGGGAUUUACAGAUGUUACUAAAGAAACUACAUUGGAUGUCGUAAUAACAAACCUGAUCAAGAAAAAUCUGAUUCCCUCUGCUCUCAUCUGGAUCACCUCUAGACCAGCAGCAGCCCACCUGAUACCUCGACUCCACAUUGAUCAGGUGACAGAGUUACGAGGAUUCAAUGAUGAGCAGAAGGAGAAAUACUUUAAAAAAAACAGCAAAACUGACAUGUCAGAGAGAAUCAUCUCACACAUCAAGACAUCCAGAAGUCUGUACAUCAUGUGUCAUAUUCCCGUCUUCUGCUGGAUCUGUCUCAAUGUUCUCCAGCCUCUGAUCACUCAAGAGAAUCAGGACAAAACUCCCACAACUCUCACAGGGAUGUACAUCUACUUCUUACUCUCUCAGAUGGAACAGAUGAGAGCAAAAGAACAAAAUGACGAUCUUCCUCAGACUUUCGAAGAUGUUGUUCUGAAGCUCGGGGAACUGGCCUUCAAACAGCUUCAGAAAGGAAAUCUGUUUUUCUAUAAAGAAGAUCUUGAGGAAUGUGGGCUGGAUGUCCGUGACGGUUUGGUUUUCUCUGGGUUAUGCACUCAGAUGUUUCAGGCAGAAAAGCCAGUUUCUGGGAGAAAGGUUUUCAGUUUUGUACAUCUCAGUGUUCAGGAAUUCCUCGCUGCUCUUUACGUGCUUCUCAUUUACAAAAACAAAAAAACAAACCCAUUCCGACUCACUCUGCGAAACAAACUAAAAAUGACAUUCAAGAAAAAUUCACUGGUUGACCUUCAUAAGACUGCUGUUAAAAAUGCUCUUCAGAGUAAGAACGGACACCUGGAUCUUCUCCUGCGGUUCCUCAUGGGUCUCUCUCUGGAGUCAAAUCAGAAUGAGCUGAAAGAACUUCUGCCCUCAAUGAAGAUCAAAGCAGAAGACAUGAGACAGACUUGUGAAUAUAUCAAACAGAAAAUUAAGAAUGAAGAAUCAUCAGAGAAGAGCAUCAAUCUCUUCCACUGUCUGAAUGAACUGAAGGAUGAUUCACUGAUCACAGAAAUCCAGAAGUAUCUGAAUUCAGAAGAUCUUUCAGCACAAGAUCUCUCUUCUGGUCAGUGGUCUGCUCUGGUGUUUGUGCUGCUGAUGUUUGAAGAGACUCAAGAGAUGUUUGAGAUGCAGAAAUACAGACGAUCUGAUGAAGCUCUGAUUCGACUUCUGCCAGUGAUCAGAAACACCAGAAGAGCUCUGUAA